CUAAGCAAGAAGGCGAGUGAGGUUCCAUUUUCGUCACCGGAGAGGGAGGAUUAAUGGCGGCGAUGUUAAUCGGAAGAGCUUUUAAAUCGGCUAGAAACUCUAACUUGGCCGUUCGUGCUCGAUCCUUGUGUACGACAUCUGCCGCUCGUCAACCCGAUUCCGAUACUCAGCCAUCAGAAUCUUCGUCGUCGUUCACGUUCGAGAAAGAAAAUGAGAAACCCAUCUUAGUGAAAGCUCCGAACACUCGCCGGAAUAAUGAAUCGGAUUCGGUGACUAUGCCGACGUCUUUCAUGACUGGUUCGAUUGUUGGGAAGAGGUUUUACAAGAAAGUGACGACGAGAGAAGCUGAUGAUGGAAAUGGAUGGACUGUGAUGCUCGAUUAUAGAACCCUUAAAACCCCUUCCAAAAGACCUCUCAAGCUUCGGUCUUUGGCACUUGCUAAGGCCAUUGCAGCUGAAUGGGAGUAUCAGCUAACAGAAGGGAUCAGACCGUUCACAAUGCCGCUCAUGAGACUAGCAUGUACUGCACUUGAAAGAGUUCCUCUUACGCGGUCAAAGAUCAUAGAACAUCUAUCGAGAAAGUUACAUCAAGAUCUUGUCUUUUUCCGAGCGCCUGAAGAUAAUGAUCUAACUAGUGACGUCCAUGUGAUUCAGGUAGAGAGGAUCGAUCCUCUACUUGAGUGGAUAGAAUCAGAGUUUGGGGUAAAACCGAAAGUGUAUUCUAGUAUCUUUGGGGGUAAACAAGACGACAAGCUAGUGAAAGCAGUAGAAGAUCUGCUCAAGAAGACAAAUGAUGGUGAACUUGCAAGCAUUGAUGCACUCCAAGCAUCAGCUCACUCUAUAGUAAUCGCCCUCGGCAUCUUCUGUGGGAAACUCCAGAUCGAUGACGCAAUCAAAUUGAUUAGACUUGAAGAAGAUUUACAGGUGGACAAAUGGGGAUUAGUCGAAGGCGGGCACGACAUUGAUAUUGCUGAUCUCAAAGUUCAGAUCUCAUCAGCUACAGUGUUUCUUGCUCUAUCCCGUGAAAACUGAUCAUCAGUCUCUCUUUUUGCUCAACACAUUAAAAAAAAAACAAGCUUAUCUGUUUGUAGAAUAGCUGUUUCACCUUCCAAGUUCCAAGAGGUGUAAGUGUAAACAUCUAUCUCUCCUAUUCACCAAUAAAGCAAAACUCGAAAA